UCCCAAGAACGCGCACGCAGGAAGUUCCUAUCCUGUCGAGAGCGCGAGAUAUGACGUAAGUUGCUUGCCGCGCAGUGAUGAUGGCGGUGCGUGAACGCGCAGUAAAAGUAAUGGCUGCUCUGGAUCGGCGGGUGCCUAGCCUCGAUGAUUUCGUGGGUCAAAACUGGACUGCCUGGGCCGAGUGGGCCGGUGUGACAGCGGCGGACGGGCCUGAUGUGGACGACUGCAGCAAGUAUGGCAAAAAGGCUGCAGAGGCCAUGUCACUCAGUAAGGAGGACAUGUCUAUCUUUGGCCUCUACCCCGGCCAUGAUGACUUCUACCUGGUGGUGUGCAGCCACUGUGGCCAAGUAGUAAAGCCGCAGGCGUUCGAAAAGCACUGUGAGCGACGGCACGGCCCUCUGGCCAAGCUCUAUGCCCGGCUGCGCUCUCCCACCCCUGCAGCCCAGCCCCAGCAGAGGCCCCACCACAGCCAUUCUCCUUCCCAUGGGACCAAUACUGCUUCUGCUUCAUCCUGGGAAGGUCGAGGCCAGGGGGUUGGGCAACUACGGGCAGCCUCGCCUUCCACUCCACCCCAGUACAGACACUCCAAGAACUCCAAAGAUGGAGUACGACAUUCCCCGCUGGAGAAGUCCUCCCACAGCAGCCACACAGAAUCAUCAGUAUUCAAGCAGCCGCCACCUCUGGAGCCUCCAAUCAGCUCUCCACCUCCAUCACUCAGAGAUCCGCCCUGGCCACAUGGAGGCACCCCGCCUGCUAGGCCUUCACACAGUGAAAGGUCCCCCACCCAGAGCCAGCGGAAGGACUCUCCUCUGGCCUCUGCAUUGCCAGGCCACCGGAUCCCCAGACCCUACAACAAAGUGGCCUCCAAGAGGGAGUGUGACUUGGACAAACACUGCGGCGUCCUUGACCCUGACAGGAAGAAGGUCUGCACUCGCCUCCUGACAUGCAAUAUCCACUCCAUCCACCAGCGAAGAAAAGUGGUUGGCCGCAGUAAAAACUUUGACCAGCUAGUAGCAGAACUAAAGACCAAGGUUCGUGAGAAAGGGGCCCAAUCUCUGGAGGGAGGCUCCUCCAGUGGACGAUCCCCCAGCCCAGAGGCCCCCAGGGAGCAGGCUGGGGCUCCACACUGCAGGAGACCUCUGGCCAGCCUCCCUGCUUUCAGUCGGCCUACGGCGUCGGAGGGCAACACAGAGGAGGAGAAGCAGCGGCAGGAUGAGGGAAGUUUCGGCGCCCCCUCCCCUCUCGUCCAUGGACGGAUCUCCAGUGAUGAAAGUGAGGCAGAAGGACCCGAGGAGCCCAUUGAGUUCCCAUCUUCAGCUGCACAUCCCAGGCCACUAGCGGUAUGUUCAUUUGGCAGCCAUGCAUUGGGUCACGGCAUCUACACGUUUGACAGGAGACUUCAUCACCUGAGGUCGGCUCUCAGCAGCAUGCUAGAGCAGCACAUCAGCGCCCAUCUUUGGAAGAAAAUACCUCAAGCCACAGACCUUCAGUCUCCACCUUCGUCAGCCAAGACCACCACUUCCUCGUCUCCCUCCUCCAUAGCUGCCACUUCCUCCUCCUCGUUACAUUCGAAGGUCCGCACAGGAAGUCAUAUCAGCUCCUCCCUCAAAACCGCAUCCUCAUCCUCCUCUUCCAGUCGUGGUCCAGGGAGACCCCCGGCAGCCAUGCAGUCGGAGAACUCGGGGGGCAGUGGGAGCAGCGCCGGUGGUGGCCGUCUGGUGUCUCCGGGGAAGCCUGCGGCGGUGUGUCAGCCGGGUCCCGGGCGAACCAAGAACCCUGUGGGGCGUCCCAGUAAGCAGAUGCUGAAGCUGCGAGAGGAGGCUGCUGCUGCCGCUGCCCUCCGCAAACGCAAAGCCCCGUCCCAGGAAGGGGAGCACUCAGGCCCCGACAGGAACUGCAUCAUUCUCCAGGACCGGGGCCGCCCGCCUUCUGCUGCCUCUUCCUCCUCCUCAUCAACUUCUUCUAAACCCACCGUUCCCUCGCCGCACCCACACGGACAGACCAAUGGCACGCUUUCCCCCAGCAGCAAACCCCGCCCCCAGCCCUCCCCCUCAGAGUCCCAUUCACCAGCCGCCAAGGCGGUCUGGACCUACAAACGGACCCAUACUCCUCUGGGCCAUUCAUCACCCCCAGACCCCUCCUCCGCCACCAACAACUCCCACAGCAGGAGCGGCGUGGGGGACUCAGGACUGCACGGCCAGGGCAGCGGGAGGGGCUUUGAGCACCAGGGGCUUGUGAAGAAACGCAAAGGGGGCGGCAUGGAGGAGCAUUCGCUGUCCUCCAAACCCUCAGCGCACCGCCUGCCCUCCUCCUCUUCCAGCUCUGCCACCUCCUCCUCCUCCCCACGCUCAAACUUUUACCCCUGGAAGGACAGCAAGGGCGGGGGGCUGGCUGGGGGCGUGGAGAAGAAACUGGGCACACAAAAGCCAAAACUGCACCAUUAAGUGUGCCUGCCUUACAAGCCACUAAGAGGGAGCCAGCUCUGCUCAGUCCAAGACUGAAGCAACAGGACUCAAGUGUGUGUGUGUGUGUGUGUGUGAAUCUGUUGGUGUGUGUGUGUGUGUGUGUGUGUGUGUGAAUCACAGCUGGAUGUGUCCGUCUGUGGGAAUGUCUGAGGGAGAACUGGGAGUGGGACGGUGGGAUGAAAUUCAGAGUAUGGAUUUAGAAAUACCUCAAGACCAUCCGGUUACGCUGCUAAAUUAAAUAUGUUGGUUUAUAAAAAUGGAUUAAAAAUGUCCUUUACACUUGG